UCGUGUAAUCAGUGUAAUUUGCGAUUUUUUGAGCCCAGAUUACAAGUGAUACUUAAUCCGUGCCAGCCUCAGAUCAACAAUGUAUUGUUCAACGCGAUUUGAUGAAAUGAAUAAAGUUUGGUAUGGUCCGAGCACUGAGUAUACAAUUGAUAAGCAGAAAAAUUUCGGUGAAAUAAUUUUGGAGAAACUCAGUACUGAUGCAAACCGGGCGAUGCAAAUUGACGGUAUCACGGGUGAAACACUGACAAAAGCUGAAGUUCGACAGCGAACGAUUCGAUGUGCUCAGAACUUGGUGAAAUUUGGAUACACUAAAAAUGAUUCCAUCACUAUUGUUGCGCGCAAUCAUCACAAUUUGACGCCACUUCUAUUUGGAGCCAUAUGCUGUGGCAUACCAAUCAGCCCAUUGGAUGUUUUGAUUGUAGAAGAUGGAAUUUCGACUAUUCUCCAAAGGCUACGUCCGGCGAUAAUAUUUUGUGAUGCUGAUGUUCUUCGAUCGAUACAAGACACAAUUGAUGGCAUUGGAUUGAGUGCAAAGAUAUUUACGGUAAAUAAAUCGGUCGAUGGCUACGAUUCAAUUGACAGUUUGAUGGUUGCAACUGAUAAAGAGGACUCCUUUGUUUGUGCAACAAUUGACGAUGCCGUCUCGCACAUUGCUCUGAUUGCAUGUUCAUCUGGUUCAACUGGACUUCCAAAGUCGAUUUGUUGGACACAUGCCUCGUUCAUCCAUUCGUUUUUGCCAUAUAGUAAUACUGAGGUUCGAACAUUUCGAUGUUUGAAUUUCUCGUCAUUCUAUUGGUUCUCAAGCAUUUGGUCAACACUGAGUUCGACACUUUGUAGCAUUCGUGUCUUUAGUUCGCAACCAUUUUCAACCGAUUUAUUCUUCGAUUUGGUGGAAAAAUACAAGGUUCAAAAGUUUUUGGGUCCACCGUGUCAAUUCCAAGCAUUCAUUAAAAGCAAACGAUGUAAAAAUGCCAACCUAUCGACACUUUUGGUGUGCAUCAUUGCCGGUAGCUCUAUACCACCAGUUUUGCUUGAAAAUCUCACACAAAUCAUUCCAAAGUGUUUGUUGAUGACAGGCUAUGGUAUGACUGAGAUGGGUGGCAUUAGUUUCACUACGCCAAGAGAGUUGAAAGAAUGUCCGAAUUCGGCUGGACAAUUGCUACAAGGAGCUCAAAUAAAGAUCAUUAGCGACACCGGCGAUAAAUGUGGAAUUGACGAACACGGCGAGAUUUAUGUGAAAAUGCCAAUUCCAUCGAUGGGCUACUACAAUGAUGAAAUAGCCACUCAAAAUGCAUUCGAUAGUGAGGGUUACUUUAUCACCGGUGAUUUAGGCUAUUUCAAUGCUGGUCGGCUGUUUAUUAUUGGAAGAAAGAAAGAGAUUUUCAAAAAUCGUGGCUUCGCUGUUUGGCCAAUUGAACUCGAAAAUCUUAUUCUCAAACAUCCAGCGAUCAAAGAAGCGACGGUUGUUUGUGUCUAUGAUGAUGAUAUAAUGACUGAUUUGCCAGCUGCUGUCGUCAUCAAACAAGAUGGCUUUUCAAUUACAGAAAAUGAAGUUUCCACCAUGAUUUCUGAUAAAUUGGCCAAUUACAAGCAUCUAGAGGGUGGUGUUUACUUUGUGGACGAAUUACCGGUGACUCCAUCUGGCAAAAUUAUUCGACCGAAAAUCAAGGAUAUCGCCCAAAACUUGUAUGAACGCAAAACACAACCGGGAGCACCAACUUCAAAGCAACUGUGAAUUUAUUGAAUGUAGUCGAUUUUGUUUGUAUGUAUGUGGAAACUAGUAUGAGGGAAUAAUUAACUACUUCUAAUUCUAACCACUUUAUAGUCCGUGUGGUAAUGUAUCAUUGCAUGUUUACCAUGAAGAAAUCAAUUGACACCAAUUUGAUGAGUGUAUUGAUCCCACAUAAUUGCUUCAGUCAAUAUAAAUUACCU